AUGCCACAAGAUCUGUUUAAGUGGGAGGAUGGUGGUACCUUGAAGCACCACUGCCCCAUCUGCCAAACGCCACUCUCGCACGACAAAUGUCGAACUACCUGCCUUGGUACCCAUGUCGAAUGGUGCCAUCGCUACCACUCCCUCUUCCGCAAGAACUGGUCUUCCCGCUGCGCAGCUUGCAAGACCACAGACGAACAGCAUGAAAAGCGUCACCGCGAGAUCGCCGAGAUCCUGGCCAAGAUCAAGAAGCUGCAACAGGAGGAGGAAGCGGCCGCAAUGGAGCUGUUGCGUUCGCCAGCUACACCGAAGACACCACGCACUCCGCUCACAGCCAAGGCUCUCAACACAGUCGAUGGUCGAGGCCAGGUACCGCUUGAGACUCCCAACAAGAUCUCCAAGAAGGACAGAAAGGCGACCAAGAAAGCGGCCAAGGCUCUCCACAGGGACAAGGUGGUUACCACCGCUGACAUCAAGUUCGUUGCCAUGACGUUGCAUCCGCAAGGCGAGAAGCUGGAGGUCGACGAGGCCGAGAUGGAAGGACUAGGCGAGGAUCUGGACAUCAAGAUGAAUCUGAAGUUCACUAGCAGCACCUGCAAUUCGAAAUCAGCUCGCCACGACUUCAUCGUCAAGGAUCGAGAGCAUCUCAAGAUGGACGAUCUCGAAAUCGACAGACUCUUCGACAUUCUCGAUGUCGACAGACACGCCGAAGGGAAAGCAGGGGCGCUCGUCACAGAGCUGACGGAAGCCAUUAGAAAUGACUUCAUGCACUGCAACGACGAGCUCAAGAUUGUGUCUAGAAACAGGGCUGGCUUUUGGCGUUGGGCGAACAAGCGUGUCUAUCGCGACCUCGUCGACAACGGCAAGCACUGGGACGAUAAGCACAAGCCGUACGAUGCGACUCCCGAGGAGCGUCGCGAUAGUGCAACAUCCGCAGAUGCCGACAUCGAGGAUGACGCGAGCGCAUCGCGGCAGGGCAGUCUCGACUCGAGCGUAGCCGACUCUGCUGCCACCUUGCUCACAGUGCCAUCCACCAAAUCAUCGGCCUCGAACAAGUCUGCUCCAGCCCUGACAAUGUCGACACCGCUGAACAAGAAGAUGACCUUUGAAGGCGAAGGCUGGUCCAGAGUCGGCAAGAAGGUCGUCAAGGCUCCGGUCGGUAAGCUCACUUUCUCGUCGAAUGGUGGCCUUCAUCGUUUCCAGCCCAAGCCGAAGGGCGCUUGGGGUGCAUUGGCGAACUCGAAGCACGACGAGCAGGAUAGCGAUUAG